AUGACAGUUCUGGAGACAGAGCUCAUACCAGAUUUCUUCCCGAAGAUCACCGACCAGUUGUACGUCUCCGCGGGUCUUUCGGUAGGCUUUCCCGAUACUCUGCGGCGGCCGUCGGUGGAAGAUGCUAGACGCCAAAUGGAAAGAGACGGUUCUGAAAAUGCCAGUUGGACCUUGUUUGAUUUGAGAUCAGAGGAAGACAUUUCCCUGGAAAUGAGGGCUUUUGAAGGUAGCGAGUGUCUUCUUGUACGCUAUCCCUCCAAAGACCACGAAGCCAUUCCAUUUGCAGACCUUGUGGCUGCCUCCACAAUGUUGGAGGACCAGAUCAAAAGGGGCAACAACGUCCUUGUGUAUUGCAAGAAUGGAAAGGGAAGAACUGGCAUGCUUGUGUGUUCUUAUCUUGUGAUGUUCAAGGGUUUGAGUGCGGAAGCUGCCGGCCAGCUAUUCGGUCAGCGAAGACAGAUUUAUGGAGACUGCGGCGUCACCAUUGAGUCACAAUUGAGGUAUAUCAGAUAUGCAGAGAAGAUACGAGAAAUGCUUGGUGAAUUCACGAGAUUGUCUCGAAUUCAGUCUCCCCGGUAUUCUUUGAAGCACAUCAAACUGACCCCAGAUCCCCAGAACUUUGGUCUAUGGGACAGUGUUACCAUUGGAGUCUACAGUUAUCCUGCAAAUGCGAGAGAUCGUCUCAUCUAUCUUGCGGGUAUAGAGUAUAACAGAAAAGAUUUGGCUGUGGAGGACCAAUCCAUACUGCACAUCGAAAUACCCUUGGAAUCGUCAUUCCAGGACCAGAAGGUGAAUCUUCGUUUCUACAGAGGAAAUGUACUCAUAAGCCUCAGCAGCUUCUGGCUGAAUGUUCUGGUGGAAUAUUUGCUGGUCUUGAAGAAGACUGAGGUUGAACGAAUACCCAGGUCCCGCUUUGAAUUCAGCAAGCAUCUUGACUCGACUGAGCUUGACGGCUACAAGGGAAGCCGGCAGAAAGGCAUACCGGUGGUUCAGUCAGUGUCUAUUGCCAUGGGAAUUGAAUUUCCGUCUGGGAGUUAG